GUCAGAUUCUUCCUCUAAAAGAGAUUCGAUCGACAUGGGUGAUGAUAUCGAUGAAGCAGAUGUAUAUGAGGUAGAACAGGCUAUCCAAGCAGCAGGCGGCUUUGGAAAGUUCCAAUGGCUUUUCUGAACCAUAACUAUUUUGUGAUUCGUACCUGCAGGCUUCCUCACAUUUAACUUGAACUUGCUUACACUCAAACAAGUGAUGCAGUGACUCAAUGCAGAUGGUGAUCUUGUGAACUGAGACGAUGCUGGGAUAGAUCCAUGAGAUGGAAGAAAUCUCAAGCCUGGAGCAGUCCCUGACUUUACAGAUACAACAUCUCUUAAAAACUGGAUAACCGAGCUGGACAUGUACUGUGUAGCUCCAUACCAAGUCAGCUUAUUUGGUUCGAUCUAUUUUGCAGGAUAUUUAAUUGGCAGUCUUCUUUUUGGGUAUACUUCAAAAUUUGGAAGAAGAAUAAACUUGAUAGUAUCUUCAUUUUGAACAGUUGCAACAGUUGCAUCUAUUGUAUUCAUAACCAACGUAUAUAUAAGAUAUUUAGGAAUGUUUUUCCUUGGUGUGUGGACCAUUCAAAAAGUAGCUGCUUAUAUUAUUUGCAUUGAAAUCUGCCCUUUCAAAAAGCAAUAUAUUCUAGCAACUAUUGUGCUGGCAUUUGAUUAUUCUCCCUAUCCAAUAUCUUCCCUCUACUUCAGAUUUAUCAAUAACAACUGGGUUUAUUUUGGAUACGCUGUUAUCGCCUGGACUAUUUUUCUUUCAAUCUGUUCUUUGUUCGUGCCUGAAUCUCCUCGUUUCCUGGCUGACAAUGGAGAUUAUGAACAGGCAAGAAAGCUUGUGGAUAGAAUGGCGCGCAUGAACGGUUCUGAUAUGUAUAUGAAACGCUGGAGAUUUGCAGAUGAAGUUCAGACAGAAGAAGAUCUUUUGAAAAAUAAGAAAGGUAUGAUCAUAAAUCAAUCUUCAGAUAAAAAUGAUGAGAACAAAAUACUUCUUGAUGAUGAACAGGAGGAUAUUAUUGCAGAACAACUUGCCCAGAAGAAGAACCCUUUCAAACAGAUGAUUCAGAAGCCAAGGUUAGCAAUAAACUUGGUUAUCUUAACAAUUUGCUGGGUAGCUUGUUGUUUUAACUUCAAUAUGUUGAGUUACAACACCAAGAAUCUCGGAGGCAAUAUCUUUUUAAAUUCAAGUCUCAUAGCUCUUGCCGGAGUUGGAGGAAAGUUUAUUACAGCAGGUAUUAGGAAAUACUUUUCAAGUAAGGUCUCCAUGAUCAUAUGCUUCAACGUUUCAUUCAUAUUCGGGUUCGGACUCAUCUUCUUCAACCAAGGAUGGAUCGUUUCAACAUGAAUUGUUCUUGUACUAAUGGGAGUGGCAGGAGGCUUUACUUUGUUGUUCUUCUUGAAUAAUGAAUUUUUCCCACCUCUUCUUGUCGGAUUUGCGUUUUCAGUUACCCAGGCUGUAUCCAGAACAGUGACAAUAUUGUCAUACUUAAUGACCGACUUCAAGCACCCAAUACCAAUGAUACUAUUCUGAUCCAUCACAGUAGCAGCUCUGCUGCCAUUACUAUUUCUAAAGAAGCCUUCCUAUGUUCAAAAUACCCCAUCAUAAAUUCAAUAUUC